AGCUUAGCCUUCAUUCACAGAAUUCUGUGCCUUCAUUGCAAUUGCAUUGCCAGGUCUCUGGUAUUAUAUAAGCAUUACCAGUACUCAGUUGAUGGGUUUUUGUUCUGUCCCUGAAUACACAAUUGUACAGCGCACUUGCAGCCCAAAAAUUACAUGAGCAUAGAUCUAAAUUUAGCGAUGAUUUCUUUUUGUAGGUGCCGUAAGGUGAGAUUCCCAGUCCCAACCAUCCAAACAACGGCGUCAACGGGCACCUGCUUGCCUUAGGCUUUACUAAGGCCUUAGAUACGUGAAAUGUCUUCCCAACAAGCCCCUGGGCAGAUUGACAGAGGCAGGAAGAGUAGCAAGAUCAUUUUGAGUAUGGAUGUUGACCAAGAGUCGAAUGACUUGGAAGUGGAAACAGUCUUGUUGGCUGAUGGUGAAUCUGAUUCAAGCAUCAAAGGUUCUUCCAGUCUGGUGUGUGAUGGCAAUACAAAUGAGCUGUGGAAUACAUCUUCUGUUUACAAGGGACAGAUGUUCGUCACGCUACAUGAUCUUGCUGCUAAAGGAGAAGUAGAACUCUUGUCUCAUGAAGUGGCUAGAGGCACUAGUGUCAACGUUCUUGAUGAAAAUGAGCAAACACCACUCCACUGGGCAGCUGCAAAUGGGCAGCUGCCUUCUGUUGUGUCUCUUUUAGACCAUGGUGCAGAUGUAUGUCACAGAGGGAAGGAUGGAGCUGGUGCCAUUCAUGUUGCGAGUAGCUUCGGACAUUCGGAUAUUGUUGACCUUUUACUUGGACAUGAAGAGGAUGUCAAUGCUCCUGACAAAUCAGGUGCUACACCUCUGAUGUAUGCUGCAUUCAACAAUCAUGUGGACUGUGUCAACACUUUACUCAACCAUGGGGCAGAUAUCACUGCAAGAAACAAAAAGGGUGCAAGUGCAUUUGAGUUAGCUGUCAAGCAAAGAAAUAGUGAUGCUGCCAGUGCCCUCAAGCAGUACAUGUUGUCCAUUCUUCAAGUCUGUCGCAGUUCGUCCUGACAACAGUAAAGAUUCAGCUACAACCAUUGAACAUUUCUACCAAGAUGCUUAAGUCAUGCACUGGCCUGUUUUUGCAAGAUAAUGAGAUUUCAAUUUUUGUUUUAAAAUUGAACAUUUUCAUAACUUGAUGCAAUUUUUGUCUUUACUUUGCAGACCGACGUAUGUGGAUAUCUUUGCCACAUUGUUACAGCACAGUGAUAAGAUAGAGGGGUUUGAUUUCUAUUACUACGAGGUAGGACUUUAUGUCCUUGGGCAAGAUCCUUUUUCUUUAUUUUCUUCAGUUCUCCUAACUUUAAAUGGAUACUUGGUUGUGGGCAGAAAAUAAAAAUAUGAGAAUCAGAUUGAAUGCCAUACAGGCUGCCAUACUAUGUGAAAAAUAGUAAUUUAAAAUGUUUUACCUCCAAUUUGACACAAUCUAAAUCAUUUGGUUGGGAUAUGGGUUUGCUGCUGUGACCCUGCAUGUCAAGGCAAACCCGAGCUGAGAGGGAUACAUCUUCCAGCAGACAAACUGAGAUUCUCAAUGAAAUUUAUAAAAACUCCCAACUCAGGAAUCAAACUCACAUCUUCUGCAGACAAGAAGGAAGAGUCUUACCACUGUACCAAACGCUAAGUCACCCUUCCCCAGGGGACAGACAAAAGCUAAAAGCUACCUCUUCAUCAAUGCACAAUCUUGGUGUUUCGGUCAUCCUUUGUCUGCAGGUCAGUAAUAGUACACUGUAUCUCAUUGUAAGUCUCAUCAGACAUAACCAAAGAGUGUUGAAAAAGGAAAUAAAGUUCGAAUAGUUUUAGCUUACAUGAAUUUCUGUUGAAAGCAGUGUUCUGAUCAUAUUGUAAGAUGAAAUACUUUGAAAAUUUAUGGUCAGAUUGAUGAAUAAAUGAUGAAUGAUCGAGUGGAUUUGUGUCUGUUUCUGUUUAGUUUUUCUCUUCUUUGAUUUUUGUAAUUGACAUUAAUUUGCUAAGAUAAAUCUACAUUGUUUGGUUCCCUAUCGGUAUUUCAGCCUAACACAAAACCGUUCAUGAAUUCAAGAAAAAAACUGGAAACCAAGUGUUACAUGAUUGAGCCAUUUCUGUUUUACAGUGAACUCGAAUCAACCAAAAAUUGGAUUUAACGAAAGGGGACGGAAUCCUUGGGGGGUUUUUCUGUUCAUAGAAAUUUUUUUUAAUCACUUGGAUUCAAGAAACCUGUAAAUGACCAGGGUCGAAUUUUUAAAAUUUGCUUGCAAGGCAAUCAGCCCCGCUGAUGCGGCUUCAUGCAUUUUUCACCCGCAAUGAAGCUUAUAAUAUUGACUCUAUCCUGAGGGACCGUUGAUCGCACCUGUUCUGAGAAUCAUUACAAGCUUACCCUAUUGUGCACACCUUAUGCAUCCAAUCGGAAGCUUUCUUUUACAUCAACAUGUGCAUUGUUGACAUGUCUUAGCAUAAUUAUGUUGGGAUCGAGAGAGGUCGGAUUGGUGGCCAGUACACACAUUGUUACUACAUGUGUCUGGGGAAAUGAUCGGGACGGGAGGCCAGCAGAGAUGAAGACGCGUCACAGCCCCCCUCCCCGGUCACUAACAAUGAUAGGGUAGCCUAGACAGAACUAUGUAAUGAAUUGCAGGCUGGUCAAUGGAAACAAACAUUACUGUAUGCUAGGCCUUACACUGCAAUGCAACUUGUUGCUUACAUUGCUAUCGCGAAUACUCGGAUUCAAUCAAAUUGAAGGUCGGGCCCAGCAACUUUGUAUAUAUCUGAGUUACAGUGUUUUAAAGUAUUAGAAAUAAUGUACUUGUAUAGGGCAGAAACUGCAUUAUAUCUGUAUCUUUAUAUGUUUCAGAAAAAGAAAAUUGUAUUCAUUGGAUUAGUAUACUGUGUUAAACUUUGUAAAUUUUGGCAUGCACCAGAUACAAAACCAUGUGGCAUUAAGAUCUUAUGUCAAAAACAGCACUCACAUGCAAUAUUCUCCUCGACAUACAGUACAGCUCAAGACUUUCAAGAAGUCUUAAUAUGUAUGUCAAGAACAGUAUUUAAGUAACACACUUUUGCAAAGCACCUUAUUUCGCCACAUUGCCUCACACAUAUAUCACCUCCCUACCCCCACUCCCGAUCGCUCACUCCCCUUCCCCAUCCCAUUCUCAGUCUGUCGCUGGCAAGUGCCAUGGUCAGUGAGUCAGUACCUCGCCUUUCCAUUAUCCCCAGCAAGCGGCCAUAAACAGGCCUUACAAGUAUGUUACAACAAAGUUUGCGCUGGUGUGUAGUGUGUGCCUCGCAUUGCUCGGUCUUUGAUACCUUAACUCCAACCUCCCCCCUCCCCUCUGUCUUUUGUUGGUUUCACUGUGUAAUUGUGUAAGAAUCAAUGGAAGCAACCAGCUUUAAAAAGUAGUGUUGUCUUUUUACCGUUGACCUCCCCUUGUUUUUUCCUCUUUGGCUUCUUAUACAUUGUAUUUUAAAUUAUCGACAUUUUAAUAUAUAUCGACAUCAAAUCCAUUUCCAAAAGCAUGUUGAUAUAAGCGGAUUAUACUGUACACUGGCAAUGCUUUUUAGCCAACUGUUUCGUUCAAGAAAACUCAAUAAAAAUUUUAUCGUUCAUGUUUCCAUUUUAGUGUGCUGUCCUAUGAACGAGAUUAAAAUUUUUAAACAUUCCUCACCAGAAAUUGCUAGGCUUUUGAUGAAAAAAAAAAUUGGCACAGAGUGUGUGUGGGUACCGUGAGUGCGUCAGCUGUGUUUGAUUGAACUUGCUGUUUCGUUAUCUGAAAUAUCACAUGAAGAAUAGCUUUCCACUCUGCAAAAAGUAUUAAAACAAACUAACCUA